AACACUCAAAAGAAAUAACUUUCAGAUGAGUUGGGUUUGAAACUUAAAUAAAAAAACAAAAUGGUAAAAGAAAACAUAACCCAAAAGAUUGUCUAAGAUUUUAACAGCUUAUAGUUAUGAUAAACAAGAAUGUGUCAUUUUCAUCCUAACAGAAAAACAAGAAUGGAAUACUUGAUGAGGAUAGUAUUCAUUCUCUUAGCUUUUGUUUUACAUUGUAAAAAUACAUCUAGUGAAGAUGUAACACCACCUCUUGUCCAUAACUAUUACAAAGAAACUUGUCCCCAUGCAGAAGAGAUCAUCAGGCGCCAAGUAGAGAUUGCGGUGCUCAAAGAGCCUCGAAUGGCUGCUUCUCUUCUUCGCCUUCAUUUUCAUGAUUGUUUCGUUAUGGGGUGUGAUGCAUCAGUACUUUUGGAUAACUUUGAAGGAAUAGUGAGUGAGAAGCAGGCUACUCCUAACUUGCAUUCACUAAGAGGAUUUGAGGUCAUAGAUGAUAUCAAGUACUACUUGGAAAUGUCAUGUCCUUGUACUGUUUCUUGUGCUGAUAUUUUGGCUAUUGCUGCUCGCGAUUCUGUUCAUCUGAGAGGAGGACCAAAUUGGGAAGUUUUGUUAGGUAGGAGAGACUCAUUAGAAGCAAGCUUCAGUGGAGCCAACAAGUUCAUCCCUGCACCAAAUUCUUCUCUUGAGACUCUCAUUGCCAAUUUCAACCAACAAGGUCUAGAUGUUGGAGACUUGGUUGCCUUAUCAGGAAGCCACACAAUGGGGCAGGCAAGAUGUGCAAGUUUCAGACAGAGAGCUUAUGAUGUGGAUUUCUUCCAUGAACAAUUUGACAGGUACAAGAGAUACACCACAUUUAGAAGAAUUCUUCGGUCCAUAUGCCCGGCAUCUGGGAAAGAUCACAGAUUAGCUCCUCUUGACCUUGUGACUCCAGCUCAAUUUGACAACCAUUACUUUCACAACCUUUUGCAAGGAAAAGGCUUGUUAGGAUCUGACACUGUACUCAUCAGCCAAGAUCAUGAAGGGAUAAUCCUUAAACAGGUUUUAGCUUAUGCCUCAGAUGAGAAGCUUUUCUUUGAUUCAUUUGUGGAGUCAAUGGUCAAGAUGAGCAACAUCAAUGUCCUCACAGGAAACCAAGGUGAAAUCAGAAGGAAUUGUAGAUUUGUAAAUACUUAGAUGGUAAAUCUCACAGCUUGAUUCUUAUUGCAAUCUACUGCAGUAUUGUUUUGCUUUAUUUUUGUAUUGAAAAAAAAAAAAAAAGCAAA